UCUAUGUAUUUACAUUUACAUUUAGUCAUUUAGCAGACGCUCUUAUCCAGAGCGACUUAAAGUAAUUACAGGGACAUUCCCCCGAGGAAAGUAGGGUGAAGUUCCUUGCCCAAGGACACAACUUCAAUAGGCAUGGCCAGGAAUCAAACCGGCAACCUUCUGAUUAAUAGCCUGAUUCCCUAACCGCUCAGCCAUCUGACCACACACACAGAUCCAAUGGCCACAGUCCAGAUACAAAUCCAAAUAAAUUGCUGUAUGAUGAGGUUUUAUUUAGGAAAUCAUUCAAAUGCAUUUUACUAUAAAGAUGUGAGAUAUAGUUGUCUUUUUUGACAAAGUAGGUUCAGUGGUCAUGUACAUUUUACUGACUACAUUUAAAAAAAUAUAUAUAUAUAAAAAAAUAAAAUAAAUGUAAAAUGCAACCCCUAACCAUAGCAUGAUCUCAUUUAUAUGGAUUUAACAACUAUACCGCCAUGCAUUUGUUUUCCUUGAUAUGCUUAUCUGUCAGUGGCUUUUAAACUUCUUGAUUUUCUUUGAUUGCCAGUAAAUAAAGAAGUUAAAUAGAUGUUGACCAUGUUGCGGUUACAUUGCCCUUCCCUCACUGGUGUCGGUAUAAAUAGAGCCAUUGAAAACAGAGGACAGAGAAAGGGAAGGAAAAUGUUUCUUUUGUUCAGAGAGAUAAAGAGCCCUCACGCUUGCUUUACCACAACGUGUAAACACCUUGACAGAAAUAUUCUGCCUCUCCCCUCGCCUUUUCACUUUCUUUCUCAUGCACACAGACACAAACACACUGUCAUUCUCCAACUAGUUUGAGUCAAAUACAUACACAGAAAUGUUUUGUAUAAAUAUGGUUUGUUCAUUAUCAUCAUUAUAAUCACAAAUGGAACCCUAUAAGAUUUAGAGUUUAGAGAUUUCGCAUUUAGAGUAUAUACAUUAGAACAAAACAGAAUGAGCUAGUCGGCUAGAAGCAGUUGUUGAUAAUUUACGAUGGUCCCUUGACAGAAAAUUCACUGUGUGUAAUGUUCAAAUGGGAAAAAAGUAAGAAAAGGAGAAAGGCAAGGUUUUGUGGUCCCUUUCCUUCAAUCAGUCCAAGCUUUAUCAGUGUGCAGCACUUACAGGAAGAACAAACACACACACUCACAUACACACACACACUCACAUAUACACUGCUAGAAACAGUUUGCCAUUAAACCUGUUACUCAACAUUUUGCUUUAACAGUUAUUCCAUUUCUUUACACAUCAAUUUAUCAUUAAACUUUCUGAAAUCUGUGCAUCUUUAUUUAAUUGUGUUCAUGAUAUGAUCUACCUAUCUAUCUAUGACCCCCGUGGCAUUUACUAACACGUGAAAGGGGAACUUCAAGAGCCAGUCAGUUGAUAUUUAAAACUAUGUAGGCAGCAUGUAAUAAAAGAACUUCUCAAAAAGGCUAUGCUUAUUUGAUGAGGGAGGAGUUUGUAUGGUGGACAACAAACAUCUACGUAACAAUUGUCACAAUGAGACAUGAACCUUUCUAAUGGCUAAAGAUACACUAAAUACAACUUGUGCAUACUCUCAAAAACUGGGCAGGAAAAAUUGAAAAUAUAAAAUGGAAGAAAUAUGUCAUUUAUCUGACAUUAAAUAUGACAUAAAUCUGCCAUUUAUAGUUGCUGUCUUAAGUGUAGGCUAAGCAGAUACAUGCAAAUGUUAAGUAAUUUAAUUGAUAUGGAAAAUAAAGUAUCUCUGGAAAUCAACAGGCUCAGAUUUCAACCAUUGCUCAGUGCACAAGAUGACUAUCUACCAGAGAUGCAAAUAUGAAGACUGGUAAAUAAUAUUCCUGGAUGUGAGUUUUUUUCCUUUCAAAAAAUGUGAGAGAGGGAUGGUCUACCUAAUCUCUUCUUCCAAAAAGAGAAGUGUUACUCAACAUUGACUGUAGAGGUGACGUUGACACAUUUAAAACACCCAACCUUUAUCUGAUCCAAUUACCCUUAUCCAAUUGUUUGUCGAAACGGUGAAUAUUGGUGGGUUGCUCUAUAUAUACCUGUCCAGGUACUGCACACCUGCACCAAACAACGCCCAUUCUCAGGUGCAAGUGCAUCAAAUCCAAAGCCGGUCAGCAAAAGCCUUCACAGGCAUUGUGAUGCAUAAGAUGAGCUCUUUGGACAAUGACAUCAACCAACACUUCCAGGAUGCAAUUGAUGUGAUUCAAAGGCACUCCAGUAAUCCAUAUGAUGAUCCAGAGUUUAAGUACUACGAGGCGUCGCAGUCUCCUAUGCAGAGCAUCACCGGAUACCCAAUCACACAUUCCUCUGACUUACAUUAUGACUGGUAUGAGACAACUUAUCACAUGGAUGUGAACCAUCUGACUCACGUAGUCCCCGAUGUUUCGCUGAGUCCCUCUGUGAUGGGAGAGUCUGCACAGAUGUACUCCAUCUUGCCCCCACUGAGAACUGGGAAAGGUCGUAAAAAGCUCCGUCUUUAUGAAUACCUACAUGAAGCACUUCAUGACACCAACAUGGUGGACUCCAUCCAGUGGACCGAUCAUGGCAGUGGAACCUUCCACUUCAUCUCCAAGAACAAGGAGAAGCUAGCAGAGUGCUGGGGACAGCGCAAGGGCAACCGCAAGACUAUGACCUAUCAGAAGAUGGCACGGGCACUACGCAACUAUAGUCGCACUGGCGAGAUCGUGAAAGUGCGGCGCAAACUCACUUACCAGUUCAAUCCUAUGAUCCUCCAAAGGCUUGGAAACACACACACCUCUGGACAUCCCUCUGGGCACCUUGGACGAGACAUGCACCUCCAUCACCACCACCACCACCAGCAGCAACAUGCCCCACUUGAGCAGGGCUACUAUCCCGGUUCUGUAGCACCUGAGUGGCCCAGCGGGUACGGACACUUCCCCCACCAGGCAGACUGUGAUCUCGGCACUGGCUUCUUGUCACCCAGUGUCACCAAGGUGUAAACCUCAAGCACUGUGGAGACAAAAACAUUUGAGACACUUUGUAAACAACAAUUUGAGCUUUUUAUGGGUGCCUAAUGUUGGCUUGCUCACCCUGAGUAAUUGUCUUGGAAGUCAUGGUAAUGCAAAUGAUUUACUGUGACAUGUUUAACAUCCAGUCCACUCAUACUUACCUUCAUCUAGAAGAGUUGUGGACUAGUCAUAAGCAAUGUGUGUAGAUACAGUAAAAAGCAAAAUGUUU